ACUACAUCUCCCAGGGUGCAACGCGUUCCUUCCGGAAGUGACGCGCCACCAGUCGGUUCAGACGCUAAAGCUAUUUUUCCUCCUGCACAGACUGUUGCUAAUUGACUCAACUAAAGCAGGAAUUAAAUAUAACACGAUGUGACAUGGCAGAAGAUGUGUUUGAAGGACUUUUUCUUAGAGUCCUUACAGCUGCAAAUGGGAGAGGUGUCCGUGUCAUGAUUAUAUGACUGUAGCGACAAGUCGCCAUGGAGACUCCGACGGAAAGCGAGCUGCCUGGUGCGGCCGGUGGUAGCCAGCCAGCAGAUGCCAUCUCCCCUGAUCCUCAGUCUCCCCAGACACCUCCGGCAGGGAAGCUGAGAAAGACGGCCUUCAAGUUUUUCGGAGGAAGAAAGAGCAUCUGUAUGCUGCCCAGCUUUUUUGUAGGAAGAGGCAAGAGUCAAGGAAGGUGGUCAACUAAAAUGGGCGUAACCAAGAGUCAGACUUAUGAUGGUGUAAGCAGAGCAUGCUGGGAAGACAGUGUUCGAGGUAGUGGCGAUGUGACUUCCGCAGAGUUUGAGUUCCACAACCCGAACGGCUCCACUGAGCUGCACAAAGCGCAGGAAAGUUUUGCAAAGUCGCAGUCCCUUCCGCGACAGAAGAGAGGACUCCGUGGUCUGUUCAGCAGCAUUAGGAAGCACCGCAAAAGCAAAAAUAAUGUUGAAGCGGAAAAAAACGAGAUGCUUGAAAUGUCCGCCGCAGAAACAGUGCCUGGAAAGUUGACAAACCUUGGUUGUCAUGGUGACAACAGUGACAGGAAGAGUCACGUAGAUUUGUCAGAGCCGGACGUGCCUAUGGAAUCCAACAGCAGCGAUUUCACAAGAUUGCCUGCCGCUCAUACUGACACAUGCACAAUGGAGGAAACACUAGUGCCUGAGAAAAUAAGGAGCAAGGAGAAUGCUGGGGAGGAAGAGAAAGAAGAAAAAAAUGGCCAUGAAGGCCAAGAUAAGGCAGAAGAAGAAAAGGAAGGGAAGAAAAAGGUGGGUCUGGUCACAUAUAGACAACCACUGUCUGCAGACUCUGAGAUGGCACGCCUCACUGACCUGCACACGGACUUGCCCGAGGGAGACCUGCCCACAAUGUCCACCUCAACUGACAACUUGAUUUUCGGAGAUGUGUCCUCUCUGAAGAGCUUUGAUUCAUUGACUGGAUGCGGUGACAUCAUUGCUGACCAGGAUGACGUGAGUGUCGCAGAGAGUUCGGUAUCAGGUGAGAGAGGAAGUCGUAAUGCUGGCAAACGCAGCUCCUGCCUUGUAACUUAUCAGGGUGGUGGAGAGGAGAUGGCAACUCCAGAAGAAGUGGACAACGAGUACUUGCACAGCCUUUGGGAGUCGGAGGGAAGUGAGGUGUGCUACCUACCAUCAGAGCAGACCACCAGCCCAUCGUCCACUCCCGAUCAGCCGACCAGCUCCUUCCUUGUCACCACCAGCACUAGUGGCAACACCAGCACUAGUCCUCUGGGAAUCACGGAAACAGUCCUAACACCCACCGAUCUUCUAACUCCCCAGAGUGACCGUCAGGGAUCGGUGCCAAACAGUGACGAGGGUUACUAUGAUUCCACGACACCCGGAGCCGACGAGGAUACUCGUGAACGUCCGCAGCAGGAAAGACUUCCCCGGGACAGCUAUAGCGGAGAUGCCCUUUACGAACUUUUUGAGCCGGACGAUCGAUUGCUCAGUCCGCCUUUACCUUCAAAAGACAAUCGAGGGUUGCUGGGUGGAAACAAAGGUAAAGGAGAUCUCCUUUAUGCCUUGACAUCUGCUGCCUUGGAAUCUGGUGCCAUGGAGACGGAGGAGGAGCGCCUGAGUAAGAUCCAGCAUGCCUUGCUGUGUUGCGAGUUGCAGAACCUGAGAAACCCUUCCAAAGAUCAACAUCUGUAUUGUAGCGACCAUUUAUACAGUGACGCGAAUCCUGGCGAAGGGACGUACACAAGCUCAGAAGAGGAAGCACACCAUCAGUCUGGAUCUAGGCCACUACAAGGAUCCCAUGCCUUAAAAGAAGUUCUGUCUCAUAGCGGGGGUCAGGUGGAGCACAGACCCUUGUACGGACCUACCGCCGAUUCGAGGUUAAACACACCAGCCUCAAAGGCAGCAAGCCUUGUAAAAGAUGCAGUACUGUAUUCCAAGCAAGAAAGGCGUGACUGUUCAGAUGACGGCUCUUUACUGCCCACUAGAGGCUGCAGCCAAUCAAAGGAGGAGCUGAUGGUCUGUUUCUCACAAGCAUUGGUUGAUUUCACCAAAAACAACAGACUUUAUCACAACUCCACAGAGAGUUUGGAUGGCUCUGAAUCCAGCUCACCGUUUGGACCAAGCUUAAGUGCUCUUCCUGCCAUUGUCACAUUCGAUGUGGUUGACAUGGAGAACGAAGGUGAGUGUGAACAGCCAGAGCUGGUAGAGGAAGAGGAGGAGCUGGCGUCUCCGUUUGAGGCGUUCGAAGAUGACAGCUGCUAUUUACAGCAGGACGCUUUUGCUGAGUGUGAUCAGAGAACCUUUGAUGCUUAUGAGCAAAGUUUGUUGCUUAGCAACGCUUGGGGUAUCACAAGCCUUCCCCGGCACCUCAGCCUGGGCCGUUCAUGCCCUCCGGUUCCUGCACCGCUUGCUCUGAACCGACGUAGUCGCUCUCUGGAUACGGAUAGUCUCGAGCUCCAGACCAGCGAGCUUUAUGCGUCGCUCGUUUCCCAUGGCCAUAAGGUGGCCGCUUCCUUCAACCGCAGGAAAAAUAGCGCUGAUGCGGAAGACCUUUGUGACACGAUUCAACAAGGAAGGAACUGGAGACAAGGGCGUGGUUGUGAAUUUGACUCUUCUCAGACCCCCAUGUCUCAACAACAAAGAUCCUUGCAUGGUACCCCUUGGAUGGAAACCCUGUCGAGUUCUAGUUCUAGCUGUCAGCCAACAGUUAGACCAUCACAUCUCCCCCUGCAGGCUGCUUACCGUAAUAGCAGUGCAGCACGAAUCCUCAAAAUCGGUGCUGAAGGAGAUGGGGUGGCGGUCACGGUGACCGGUGACCAGUACUCUUCAGGAGGACAGUGGAGAAGUCGACCAGUCGGUAUUACCCAGGGUAUACCUCAUCACCGAUCUGACCAAUCAGAGGCUACAAGAGAGAUUACGACCAAGAACAGGAGGACAGAGAUGGAGGUGGGAUUCCCCACAGCGACGCCCAAACGCAACAUGUAAACACCCAGAGAAAAAAAACACACACACCGGUCUCGCGGCCAAAGACACAGCUGGAUGUUUACUGACCUUCAUGAUUUGUAUCUUUCGCACACAUUUACUGUUAUCUUCUUACAGUUAUAAGCUAUUCUAUUUUAGUGAUGGUGUCGUUUUUUCUUCUUCUCUCGGACAUCGAUGAUGUCUUUUUAUUUGCCAUGUUCUUUGGCAUCGAUGUAGCAGGUGUCUAUGAUUACAUUUGUACAGAAGUUACAACCUUUGUUUUGUGGUUAGCAAGUCGUUUGGACUCGCCGGACAACAGGUAGCACACACAUCUGACAGAAAUAUUUAUAUGCUUGAAGCUGUGCUAGCGUAUUAAAGUUUCUGAUGCUAAUCCAACGACUAGAAGUCUGGAAACCUUUUUUAUUUUAAAGAAACUGACAAAUAUCGGUUAACAUCUUUCAGACCAAACCCCCCCCCAACACUUUUGAUAAAUUGUCAUGUUUUUUCAGUGCUUAUUUUUUUUACUUUUAACAUUUGUAGUGAUCGCGUUUUUCACACUUUGUGGGGACCUUUUUUGGUGAACACAGUGAUGCUUGGGAUCAAAAAAAAAAACCUUUGAAGUUUUAUAUGUUGAGAUUCUUUUCUUCAUUGUUCUUGGACAGUUUGAUGAUGUUCCCCAGUAGUUAGUGCUUGAGAAGAAGAAUCUGUAGCUCAUCAACGAGUAAUGUUUUACCAAAAAAAAAAAAAGUUAAAAAGUAAGUACACUUUUUUUUUUCAUCCUCAGUGGCUUCGAAGUGUCAUCAGAUCAGUAGAGAUGUCUGGAGCGAUGCUAAGCUAUCAGCUAGUGCUUUCAUUAAACGCUGACAAAUUAGCCGGGGUCAUUUCCUCACUUUCCUCACACUUCAUGAUGACCAGGUUCAUAUUUGUGAUCAGAUGUCUGUUUGAAGGUGUCACCAAAGCCAACGUCAUGCACUUACCCAGAGGUUUUUUUCCCCACCUGUUUUCUGUAGUAUUUUGUUUGCAUUUGAUACACUUUCAUUGUGAUCUGUAAAUGAAUGCUCACGCUGUUUGGCUAGCGUAUAUGAGCUAGCUAAUACCAACACGAGUUUUUUUUUUUUUUUUUUUUUUUUUAAAUAUAUGGAUGUAUACUGGCAGACAAUGAAUGUUUAAACAUCAAGUGAAAUGUUUGUGGGAUUCAAGUAGCUGCCGAACACUACCCUUUAUCCAUACUGCCUAAGAGUGCUUACACUCUCCAAAAAUAAUCUGAUUCUCAACUGGAAAUAAACUUCAUCUCAAGUCAACUGAGUGAUCUGUGAUGUUUUG